GCGAUGAUGUUCAGGUCGGGCGUCGUCCGUAUGCGUUUCAAGAAGUAUGGGUAGCGCUCCAGGAGCGCCUGCAGUAACUUUCGGUGAUCCUCUAAACGGGCAAGAACGGGGGCGACUGCGUCGAGUGAGGUUACAGUCGGGACGAGAAGCCCAGAAAGAGAACGUGGGAUCGGCCGCGACAGCAUCCAAACACCCCAGCAAAUCUGACGCAACACUGGGAAGCCCAUGUCCGGCCUGUUCUGCAUGAGGGCCGCAAGGACAUCCAGCGCGUCAGACGCGUGUUUAGCCUGCGCCUUGCGCUCUUGAUCGUCCGGA